AUGGACGAUGCGCAUAAAUCAGCUACCAGCCGUUCCCAGUACUGGAAGGAGACGCAGGCUCAAGGCCUAUCUGGAGGUGUAUAUCAGCCGUUUUGGAAGGGCUUCCCUUACUGCGACAUCCACCUCUCUAUCACUCCAGAUGUUCUUCACCAGCUCUACCAAGGCGUCUUCGCACAUAUUCUUGAGUGGGCCACACUCAUCGUUGGGGAGGAUGAGCUAGACAGACGUAUCCGAACUCUACCUCGUUCUCAGGGUCUUCGCCACUUCAAGCUUGGUAUAUCUAACUUAUCGCAGAUUUCAGGAAGUGAGAGGAAGGACAUGGCAAAGAUUCUGCUGGGGUGUUUGGUUGGGCGGGUCUCCAAGGAUGCCAUCAUCGCUUCUCGCUCUAUCCUGGACUUUAUCUACUUGGCUCAAUACCCCACUCAUGACGACGAGACUCUUCAAUAUAUGGAAGAUGCGAUCAAGACCUUUCACCAUCACAAGAAGGUCUUCAUCACCCUCCAAAUACGCGAGCACUUCAAUAUUCCAAAACUCCACUCUCUUCUCCACUACAUCUCCUCUAUUCGUUCUUUCGGCACUACCGAUAACUACAAUACAGAGGCCUUUGAGCGUCUUCACAUAGACUAUGCUAAGGAGGCAUGGAGGGCUAGUAACCACCGUGAUGAGCAACCUCAGAUGAUUCGAUGGCUAGGACGUAGGGAACGUAUGGUGCAGCUUGAGUGUUACCUUCGGUGGCGCCACCCAACCAAGUUUCCACCAGACACACCCCCUCAUUCUGACUGA